AAAAAAGCACUAUGCUCUAUCUUGUAGGACUCGGUCUCGCCGAUGAAAGGGACAUCACUGUCCGCGGUCUCGAGGUGGUGAAAAAGGCCGAACGAGUUUACCUUGAAGCUUACACAGCCAUUCUCCUUGUUGAUAAAGCGAAACUAGAAGCAUUCUAUGGACGUCCUGUUAUUGAAGCAGACCGGGAGCUCGUAGAGACCGGUAGUGACGACAUCCUCGCAAAUGCAGACAAGGUCGACGUAGCCUUCCUCGUGGUCGGAGAUCCCUUUGGGGCGACGACGCAUACAGACCUCGUCCUCCGCGCGCGCGAACUGGGCAUCGAAUCCAAGGUCAUCCCGAAUGCCUCUAUCAUGUCCGGCAUUGGGUGCACAGGUCUCCAGCUGUACAACUUUGGUCAAACAGUGAGCAUGGUCUUUUUCACUGAGACGUGGAAGCCAUCCUCGUAUUAUGAUCGAGUGAAGGAGAACGUGCAGAUUGGUCUCCAUACUCUUGUACUGCUCGACAUCAAGGUCAAGGAACAGUCGCUCGAGAACAUGGCCAGGGGUCGCCUGAUUUAUGAGCCUCCGAGGUUUAUGACUGUCGCACAAUGCGCCGCCCAAAUGUUGGAAACCGAAGAGGAACGACAGGAGGGUGUUUGGGGCCCAGACAGCCUUGCAGUGGGAGCCGCUCGUGUCGGAGCUGAAGACCAGAAGCUUGUUGCAGGAACUCUACAGGAACUGACUCAAGUCGACAUGGGCCGGCCACUGCACAGUUUGGUCCUCUUAGGACGAAGAGCGCAUGAUCUGGAGAAAGACUAUAUUCGAAGAUUCGCCGUAGAUGAGGCGACGUUCGAUGCAGCUUGGCAGAAUGGUAAAUAUGGUUCCAGCUAAUUUUGACCGAAAAACAAGAUGCUAUAAUAUGAAAUAAUGCAAAAUGCCCACCCAUGUAACCCGCUCACAUAACGAGAUUUAGACUCCCACAGACACCAUAAGCCCGCUGAUCAAUAUAACCAUCAUUCCCAAUGUUUGGGGAAAUAAAAUCAUCAGUCGUAAUAUAACUCGUACAGCAAUCACGAAAACGUUUUGUUGAAGAAUCGCGUUAAUGUCUCGGGAAGCCGUAUCU